CGAGGAUUAGCGCAGGGUGGGCACCCGCCUUAGGCCGCCAUUUCUUGGCGUCUCCAGAGGAGCCGCCCCCUCGUUAGUUUCGCUCGGGACCCUUUCCCUCGCGUCGCCGGCUCUCGGCGCCGUCUUCGCUACCGCCCCUCAGUCCCCAGCCCAGCGACAGAGAUGCUGAGCUUCUUCCGCCGAACGCUGGGGCGCCGGUCCAUGCGCAAACAUGCAGAGCGGGAGCGACUCCGAGAGGCCCAGCGCGCAGCCACGCACAUCCCUGCUGCUGGGGACUCGAAGUCCGUCAUCACGUGCCGGGUGGCUCUUCUGGACGGUACCGACGUUAGCGUGGACUUGCCGAAAAAAGCCAAAGGACAAGAGCUCUUUGAUCAGAUAAUGUACCACUUGGACCUUAUUGAAAGUGACUAUUUUGGACUGAGAUUUAUGGAUUCUGCACAAGUAGCACACUGGUUAGAUGGUACAAAGAGCAUCAAAAAGCAAGUAAAAAUUGGUUCACCCUAUUGUCUGCAUCUUCGAGUUAAAUUUUAUUCCUCAGAACCAAAUAAUCUUCGUGAAGAGUUAACCCGGUAUUUAUUUGUUCUUCAGUUAAAACAAGAUAUUCUCAGUGGAAAAUUAGAGUGUCCCUUUGAUACGGCAGUGCAGUUGGCCGCUUAUAAUCUGCAAGCUGAACUUGGUGACUAUGAUCUUGCUGAGCAUAGUCCUGAGCUUGUGUCCGAGUUUCGCUUCGUGCCCAUUCAGACUGAAGAGAUGGAGCUGGCUAUUUUUGAGAAAUGGAAGGAAUACAGAGGUCAAACACCAGCACAAGCUGAAACCAAUUACCUGAAUAAAGCCAAAUGGUUAGAAAUGUAUGGGGUUGAUAUGCAUGUGGUCAAGGCUAGAGAUGGGAAUGACUACAGCUUGGGACUAACCCCCACGGGAGUCCUUGUUUUUGAAGGAGAGACCAAAAUUGGCUUAUUUUUUUGGCCCAAGAUCACCAGAUUGGAUUUUAAGAAGAAUAAAUUAACCCUGGUGGUUGUAGAAGAUGAUGACCAGGGCAAAGAGCAGGAGCAUACAUUUAUCUUCAGGUUGGAUCAUCCGAAGGCAUGCAAACAUUUAUGGAAAUGUGCCGUGGAACACCAUGCCUUCUUUCGCCUCCGAGGCCCAGUCCAAAAGAGUUCUCAUCGAUCAGGAUUUAUUCGACUAGGAUCACGGUUUAGAUACAGUGGGAAAACUGAGUAUCAGACCACAAAAACCAAUAAAGCAAGGAGAUCAACAUCCUUUGAAAGAAGACCCAGCAAACGCUACUCUCGACGAACUCUACAAAUGAAAGCAAGUACAGCAAAACCUGAAGAACUCAGUGUUCACAAUAAUGUUUCAACUCAGAGUAAUGGCUCCCAACAGGGUUGGGCUGUGAGAUCCACCCUGCCUGUGGCUUCUUCUGUUCCCUCUGGUCCUGUGCUGGCAGAGAUAGAGAAUCUUCCAGUGAAUCCUGGGACAGACCAGCAUGACAGGAAAUGCUUCCCUCUGAAUAUUGAUUUGCUAGAUAGUCCAGACUUAAUGGAAACAACCAUUGAUGAUCUAAUUGGGGCACCUGACACUCAGCAAACACCCCAAGUGACAGAUGAAGUUAACAUAGUCACCGGGCAAACUGGAUUGGAGGAACCUAAAGAGGAAAGCAGGACAUUAGAAGAUGCCUCAGAGAAGCUCAAACACCUUGAGUUGGAAGACAGCCCAUUGUCAUCCUCCCGUCCCAGCAUCGAUGUCAACGUCAACAUCAACAACCAGGAGGAGGUGGUGAAGUUGACUGAGAAAUGUCUUAAUAAUGCCAUUGAGAGCCCAGGAUUGAAUUCCAGGAGAGUGCCUCCUGACUUGAAGAGUAACAUUUUGAAGGCUCAGGUGGAAGCAGUGCAUAAGGCCACAAGAGAAGAUAGCUCAUUAAGUCCCAAAAACGAAAACGUUCAGGACGCUGCCACAAACAGCGCUGUGUUCCCUGAGGGUGACGCGCCCCUCCCUGAAGAUUCUCUGGCUCUGACGCAGACGACACCUGCGGCCAGUGGUUCUGUUCUUAAGGAUGCUACGGAUGAGUUGGAUGCCUUGCUCUUAUCUCUGACAGAGAAUCUAAUUGACCACACAGUCACACCUCAGGUAUCUUCAGCAUCCAUGAUCACACCACGGUGGAUUGUGCCACAAAGCCGUGUCCUCUCUGACGGGCCGGCGGCAGGCAGACCGUCCUUGGCGGGGAAGGAGGGACGUGGUGGUAGAGAGGCGAUCUCGCUGAUUUCCCCGCCAGCACCCUUCCUGGUGGAUGCUGUGACCAGCUCUGUUCCCACGUUGGCCGAAGAAGCCAUCUUGAAGCAGAAAUGUUUACUGACUACUGAGCUCUGAGGGUUCGGCUCCUCCUCACCUACAAGUGGAAAGCCCAGCACUCUGCCGCUGUCCGUCCUGGAAUCAACUUCCGCAGGAAUGUGCUGGAUUCAGGAGCUUGUCCUUACUUGUGAGUUAAAAAGCUCACCUAGGUUAGACUUCAACUCCAUGAAAAAACACUUUCCGUCCAUCUGGAAGGGCUUAAUUACACUACAUAUUUGACCAAAUGAGGGGUAUCUGGUCUUCUACUUCCUAUAAUUGUAUUGAAGUUGGAAAUUCCUGAAACAAG